AGCUUUUUGAAGAUGAUUCUUAAAAUGCUAAGCAAAACUCCCUCUGGGAUGUCUGACUAUUUAGAAAACAUGAGUAAGAUUGUCUUAAGAUCAUCAAGAUCUCAGAUGUGUGCACCAACAAAGCAAAAUUCUUGCAGUUUGGUCAGCUAUGACAUUGCUAGGAGGUUUUCUCAAUGUCAGUGUUAUCUUUCCAAACCUGGUAAACCGUCAGGAAUAAAUAAAUCAAAAUCAAUGUUCAAGUUCACUGCAAAAUUCCUGGAUGGAGGUAUGGAGGAGCCCAAGCUUGUAUACAACAUAUUUACGGGAAACAACAGCAAGAAGAGUAGCAGAGCGUGCAUCAGCUCAGGCUUGUCACCACGGCGCCUUCAAGUGCUCAACAAACUUUUCUUUGAAAACAUCAAGGAAAUCAUGCAGUCGUGCAUUGUUGCUGAUCACCUCAUAGGACACAACUUUCAUGUUACCAAGGUUCGUGUGGUUGGGCACUUCUCUUGCAUUCAUGUGUUUUGGAUGCAGACUGGCAAUGCACCAGAGCCUUCUCCAGAGCUACUGAAACAUGUUGCUCGUCUUGUGCGCACAGAGCUGCACCAUGUGCAAGUUACCUCUCGCAUUCCUCCAAUCAUCUUCCACCGAGACAGUGAGCUGGACAACGUACUGGAGGUGGAACGACGGCUCACAAUCAUAGCACAAGAGUUGCAGCCUAAUGGCCACCUGGAGCCUGUGAACCACCUGUCCCUCCCUGCACCACCUGUCCCUGAUGAGAUAUUCGAGCCUGACUUCAAGUUUGAUGCGUCGGCACCCCUCAGCUUUGCCGCGUCAACCACCGUCCAGUCCAACCCAAAGAACAGGCCCAGGAGUAGCUUCACACCCUUUGCCCCCCGAGGGUCAUACAGCAGAGAGAAGCCAGGAAAACAUGAACGCGACUGGCAGAGGCCAGUGCAGCCGGCAUGGCAGCGGAGCGCCACAGCGCCCAGGCAGGUCGCUCUUCCUACGGCUUGCUUUAACCUCAACCGCGCCGCCGUCAUGGCCAGGGUGGAGCGAGGACUGGCGCGAGUAAAAGACUUCAAGAGUGACGGAAUCGACAUCAACGUUUAUGAGGCAAAUUUGAGGACGCUGUCACUGGACCAGCGCCUCCUGGGAGGCUCGAGUGAUGAGCGCUACGAGGCCGUGCUGCCCUUCAUGCCUCGCUCUUCCCUUGCCGCCUGGGCGGGGGAUUAUACCAGGCGUCGAGUGAGAGGUGACAGGCUACUGAAGGACGAGGCUGGCGCGGGUGCAGUGGAAAUCACGGCAGGCGUGCCGACCCAACUUAUGCUCCGACAAAACGACUACGACGAGGAUGAAAAAUUCUACGAGUUCGAAUGCGAGCUUCACAGGCGAACAGACGAACCUGAUUGCGAUGAGGACAUCUGCAGCUAAAGAACAUUGCUGUAAUGAUGAGUUGUGCAGUGUGACGGCGAUAUAGAUAUCUGCUGCUGCAACUGCCGUCAGGAAGAUGGCAAAUGGCAACAAUGAUAGAUGAAAUCAGAACGAGUUGUAUUUAUUGUACGUACUGAAGAUAUUGAAUAAAAGAAGUAUCAA